AUGUCCACUAACGGCAUAAGAACUGCGUCAUCUGUGAAAGAGGGUCUAUCCUCGCUAGAAGAUCGGGAAAACCAGUUUCCUGUCAAUUACGCCUACGACUACUUAAAAGGAACUAGCUACCUCUCGCUGCCCGAUUUAAACCUCAAUGAUCACUUGCGGUCUGGGAAGUUCCUGCGAAUGAGUAGCCAGGAUGAUCGAGAAGACAUUCACCGAAGUAGCCACGCAAUUGAUAUCUUUCCCAUCCAGGCAGGCCUUCCAUGGGCAUCUGGGAUCCAACCAUGCCGCCAAAGCAAAUACUGGCAACUGACUAUUGAUACGACGAGAGCGUUCCUAGCGCAUCUUGCUGCUGAUGAAUCUGUCCAGCGGAUCCUCAAGUCUGGACAGUCAAUCGCCGAAAUCGCGCGUAAGGAACUUGGCACCCAGAUGGAUGAGGGUUGGACCAAGUUUACAGCAUAUAUGUUUGCGGAGGGCGAUAGACAACGCACGCGGCUCCUAGCAGUGGUCAAUGUGUUCAUCUUUGUGUUUGACGGUAAUGUCCUUCUGCGAGAUUCACCCGAAGCUAUCCAACGAUUCAAAUACUGCUAA